CUCCAGUUCAAAUGUCUGCCAGAUAUAUAGUCACCUCCAUUCUUGACUCAUCAGCCCUAGCAGUCGGACAUUCUGCAAGACCCCUUUUUGGCGUUUCCCUAUAUCAGCAUAACAUUCCAUCGUGACCCCUAUCUGCCACACCACCACUGUUCAAAAGCACAAUGUCGACCUCACGUAACCGCGAGAGACAUACCAAGCACAGGUCUCACGACACCACCCCAGAGAACUCUCUUGGGAGCUCAUCAGACCGAGGCGACUCCAAUGUAAUCCAGCAAUAUCAGCCACAAGAGCUGCAACAACAGCAACAAUCGAUCCAAGGGACAACAAGUGGCAGUCGCAGUGGUGCUCGCGCCGUCAGACUCGAUAUGGACUUGGAUAUCGACCUGCAACUGAAAGCAAAGAUAAAAGGAGACAUCACACUUUCUAUACUGGGAGGAGACCAGAAAUGAUUUUCAACAAUGGCUUGAAAAAAUUAUUUGAAAAUCGAUAUUUUAAUCUGUUAACCUUCACAUGGUUCUGUUUCUAGUCUUAUCAAGAUGUUUCUUGCGUUCCAGCAUCAAGUGUUGUCAUCACAGUCAACUACCAGGUGAUACCUCCAUCAGCAACACGUGCGGCACCGCAAGCCCGUGAGCAGGCAGCUACUCACC